GUGUAUAGUAUAAGUAGAGGUUCUCCUGCUUUCAGUGAUCCAGAAGAAUAAGGGACAUUCUCCGGCUAGAGAGCUAAGGAUUGGAAUGGAAGGGGAUUACAAGAUGGACGAUAGCAACAAGUUGGCCCUCAUGUCUGAACCACCUCCGGAUUACACAGAAUCUCCCAAGCCGCCUGACCUUCCUUGGGGAAAACUCUUCAUCAUGGCGACGGCGGUCGUGGGGAUUGCUCUGGUGGUCCUGACUUUGCUGCUGGCAGGGCUGCACAUUACCGAGAAACAUACGGAGGCGGUUCUGCAAAUGACCAUUCAAGGUCUGGAUGGCAAAGGGUCCUCCCAGCACCUGGCCAUGAGCCAGAAGGAGAAACUGGCCAUAUUUCCCAUCCAUCUGAACCUCAACUCUUCAGCCACGGUGGUUUAUGACUACAGCAAUCUGGUGAUCGGCUACCGGUCGUGGCCAGGAAAGUCCUGCUACGUCAUCAGAAUGAACCAGAAGGAUAUCCAGAGCCUGGAUGCCAUCAUCCAGAUCUUCCAGCAUGUCCAGAAGCCCCCUCCCCUACUGCCCCUUGGACAGCGAGAGAAGCCAAUGGAAAACUUCUCCGCAGUGCCCGCUGACCGUUUGACAUUGGGAGCUGCCAUCAACCUUCUCUGCAGCAGCCUCCCCAUCUACUGGGCUUAACGGAGCCAGGAGGAAGGAGGCAAAGCGGCAGACGGGGAAGUGGGGAACCACCAAAUGUCUUAGGAGUUUCUCCGUCAUCCAUGGGUUUUUUUUUCCUAGAGGCAACUGGACUUUCUUUGUUUUUCCUUGAAGACAUUUCACUUCUCAUCCAAGAAGCUUCUUCAACUCUGGCUGGAUGGUGGGGAACGGAAGGAAGGGAGAGAGGACUACGACAUCAUCUACCUCCAGUCUACGAUGCCUUCGGCAUGACCUGAGUAUAAUUCAUAAAAUCAUCUGCUACAAUGUCCUUCCUGUCAAAGGCUACUUCAGCUUCAAUCGCAACAAUACACAAGCACGCAAUAGAUUUAAGCUUAAUGUGAACCGCUCCAAUCUUGAUUGUAGAAAAUAUGACUUCAGUAACAGAGUUGUUAAUGCCUGGAAUGCACUACCUGACUCUGUGGUCUCUUCCCAAAAUCCCCAAAGCUUUAACCAAAGACUGAAAUGGUGUAGGGUUUCCUGCCUGGGCAGGGGGUUGGACUAGAAGACCUCCAAGGUCCCUUCCAACUCUGUUAUUAUGUUAUGUUAUGUUACUAUCUACUAUUGACCUCACCCCAUUCCUAAGAGGUCUGUAAGGGGUGUGCAUAAGAGCACCAGCGGCAUUCCUUCCUAAUGUUCCCUUUGAUUGUAUCCAAUUCAUAUAGUUAUUUCAUGCUUAUACUUAUAUAUACUGUUGUGUUUGACAAAAUAAAUAAAUAAAAUAAAUAAAUAACAGUCCUUUCAGCAGUUCCAAGAAGGCGCCACGCCCAUUUGCACCACUCAGGUGACCCUGAGGACACAGAUAAACCUCCAGGUGGCCUCAAAGACCCUCUCAAAGGAUGCAAAUGGCCAGCUGUCUGCAAGGAGUUUAAAUCCUUCCAUUCCCCACCAUUCAGUCAGAGCUGAAGAAGCUUCUUAGAGGAGAAGCAAAAUGUCUUCAAAAGAAAAAACAGAAAGUCCAGUUGCCCCCGCAAGCAACAUGUCGGCUCGUAGUUGACGCAAAGGUGCUUUUUCAACAGGCAACUGGACUUUCUCGGUUUUGUUCUUUGGAAACGUUUCACUUCUCUCGUCCAAGGAGCUUCUUCAGUUCCUCAGGACAAAGGACCCUUCCAGGAAAUUCAUCCCUUCUUGAUCUUAAUUGCCAGAAGCAACAGAAGGAAAAGGCAGCCUGACCUUAUUCAUCAUCCUAACAAACAAUGGCUUGUUCUGACAGCAUAAUUCCCUCUGCGGUUUGCAGUUUAGAUUCCUGACCUUUGGGAAAACUUAAAAAAAGUUAAAGGGGGGGGGAAUUAAAACGGCAAUUUGGAAAUCAUAAUUCUGUUUUCUUACUUUUUUCCUUUUUUUUCCUUAUUUGCUAUUUCUUUGAUUUUUCUGUACUUUUAUUGUAUCGAAAAAAUAAUAAUAAAAUAUGUUUUUUAAAAAAGGUAUUAACCUGACCAUGUCUGGGACCAUUUUUGAUGUCAGACUAUAAACCAGGGAGAUGAAUGGUUGGAAUAUAUCUUAGGCAACAUUUGGCUCAAGUCUCUGCACAUUUUUUGUGCAACAUAUGAAGUCCUGGGGGUUGUGUUUUGUUUACGCGGUUACGUCUCCCAGAGUCACUGAGAUGACUAUCUUGAUAAAUCAAGUUGUUGAAAGCAGAUCGGGGGUGCCAGCUUAUCAAAAAGCUGCAGUGGAGCUGGAAGAUGAUUUUACUACAGGUUUCCUAAGAGGCAGGGAGUAGGAAGCCCCAACCCAGGGGUCAGCAUCCUGCGGCUCUGGAGCCACAUGUGGCUCUUUCAACCUUCUGUUGCGGCUCCCUGUCUCUCAAAAUAUGCAAUCUCUCAAAAUAUGCGACACUAGCAGGCAUGUGAUUUAUUGAGCUUUUCAACCCCCGGCACGCCAGCCAUGAAUAAAUCCAACAAAAGAAAAGUUUCAGAAGAAACUUUUUUUUUUGUAAGCACAAAAGUGCCUAUCGUUCCUGUCCUAUUGUUCCUUUUCAUUAUAUCAAAUUAAUACUUUUGCUUAUAUAUAUAUACAUAUUUUAGCCUAUAUUUUAUAUUUUAUACAUAUUUUAGCCUAUAUAUAUGUUUAUAUGAUGUGUUGUUGUUUUUAUGUCAAUGUUUGUGUAUACUGUUGUGACA